AUGGGGUUUUCAGUUACCCUUCGCUGCUAUCUGCCUGUCAAAUCUUCUCACCGUUCCUCCAAGUUUCCAUCGAGGUUCAACUUGAAGCAGAAUAGACUGGCUUUCUUAACAUCUGUGAACACAGAAAGCCUUUCACUGCAGAUAGUCAAAUCAGUCUCAAACAACAUGAAGUCAAGCAUCAAUGAAAAUGGGGCAACUGAACCUGCAAGGGUUCUUCUUGAGAGAUUGUUUGCACAGACUCAGAAACUUGAAGAACAGAUGAGUAGGGACUCUCGCCUUCCUGGGGAUGUUCAACCAGUGGUUAAUCUUGAAAUUCUGGAAUCUGAUCUUCUUGCUCUUCUGAAUGCCUUGAAGAAGAAGGAAGAAGAACUUCAACAUGCAGAAAGAAAUGUUUUCUUGGAAGACAGCAGACUAAAUCGGGCAAAGGAGGAGUUGGAACAACGGGAAAAUGAAAUUACAGCUGCAUUUUCUAAGCAUGAAAAACUUGAAGGGGAUCUAAAGCAGGCAAAUCUUAAUUUAGCUUCUCAAGCUAGGGAGAUUGAAGUUAUAAAGCUUCAACUCAAGGAGAGAGACCAGGAUAUUGCUUCUGCACGUUCCGCACUUUCUCUCAAAGAAGAUGAAAUGGAUAAAAUGAAGACUGAAUUGCUGAAAAAAGCUCAACUGCUGAACCAAGCCAGUGAGGUUGUGGAGAGACAAGAAAUUGAACUUCAGGGACUCCAAAUGCUUAUUCGAGAGAAAGAAGAAGAACUAGAAGUUACUACAAAUCUGAGAAAAUUUGAGGAAGAGAAGUUGGAAGUUGUGGAAGCCAAUUUGGAGGAUCGUACAAGGGAAUGGUUGCUAAUGCGGGACGAACUGCACAAAUUGGCGAAGGAAGUAUCUAAACAAGUUGGAGAAACUGAUGAGGCUUUAGAGGAUUUUAGAAGAGUGAAUAAGCUUCUUGCAGAAGUGAGAACUGAACUGAAUUCUUCUCAAAAAUCCCUAACAUUUUCUAGAAAGCAAAUGGAAGAACAAGAGCAGCUAUUAAAAAGGCAACUAGCAGAACUUGAAGAACAGAGGAAAAGUGUAAUGUCUUACAUGACUAGUUUGAAAGAUGCCAAAAUAGAAGUGGAGAGUGAGAGAGUAAAACUCAGGGCUGCAGAGGCUCGAAAUAAGGAGCUUGAACGAGACUUAUCCAUGGAGAAGGAGCUCAUAGAAGAGUUACAGAAGGAGUUAGAGAAGGAGAAAUCUUCUCUGGAGCAGGCAAUCAAAAAGACUUCUUUGUUACAGCAGGAACUGCAUCAGAAAAAUUCUGAAUUUGGAGAAAUGCAGCAUCUUCUUCAAGCUAAAGAAUCAGAUUUGGUGGAAGCUAAACUAGAUAUCCAGAAUUUAAAAUCCGAGCAGGCUUCUCUUCAGCUUGUCCUGGAGGAUAAAGAUUUGCAACUCUUUGACGCGAGGAAGAAUUUGGAUGAAGUAACUCAGGAGGUCGCAGAGCUAAGGAUGCUCAUGAGCAGUAAAGAAGAAGGACUUGUCCAAGCCACCACCAUGCUAAAGGAGAAAGAGGAGCAUGUUCAGAUUAUGCAAGAUGAAUUGAAUGAUACAAGGGUGAAAGCUUCUGAAGCAGAAUCUGUAGUGGAAAAGAUCGUAGAGCUUACUAAUGAAUUGGUUAUCUCCAUUAAAGAUCAGAAUGAACAAAGGCAAUCCAACAAUAUGGUCUUGGAAUUCAUUCAACAACCAUUGGAUGAGCCAAUUGAUGACUUGAGGUUGCAGAAGAAGCAAAUUGAAACUGAACUCAAGUUUAGCAGAGAAAGCUUAAGAGUGAAAGAAAUGGAAGUUUUGGCUACACAGAGAGCUCUCACAAUCAAAGAUGAGGAGCUUAAAACAGUUCUGGAGAGAUUGGAUACAAAAGAAGAAGAACUUAAAAAAUUGAAGGAAGAUGCAGUUGAAGAUGCUAAUGGUCUGAGGAAGCUUUAUUCUUUGGCACAAGAAAGAAUCGGCGAGAGAAGUGUUGGAGAUUUGGCUAUUGAGAAACUGAAACUCGAGGCUGCUCAACUUGAAGUUGAAGCUGUCACCAGCGCUCUGCAAAAUCUCGCAGAAAUGAGUCGAGAACUUCUAAAUAAAACAAGCUUGAGCAUUGAGGCUGAUGCUGACAGUAGUAUUUCCAUGGAAAACGGCUCUGGUCACAGCCUUGCUCUGUUAGAGAACAACGAAUAUUUCAAGGAGGUUAAAACAGAAGUUGUCCGGCUGUCAUCGAUGACUGAACAGCUAUUGAAAGAUGCUGGUAUUACAGUUGGUGCAGACUGA